AUGGCGACCGAAGAUCAUUCCCUCCGAAAGCGCAAUCCCCCAUCCUCGCUCACGACCGAGUCGAGCCUUGACCUGGACAAUGGCGGCAGCCCUGCGAGUCAGAAGCCACAUCCAGCAGGCGAAGUCAAAUACAAUGUUCUGAACCAAGUGCUUCGUGCACUUCUGCUGCUGACCUGGUUCAACUGUGGCGCUGUCUGCAUUAAUGUCACUCAGUUCCUCGGUGCGCCGCUUUAUUGGCUGAACAAAGACUACUAUUAUGCAUACAUGGCGUUGACAAAACAAUCGUUUGCUAUUAUGGGAAUUGCAGGGACACGGUGGUUCUCUCCCACAAAAGUGCGUGUGAGUUGGGAUAAAGACCUACGAGGGCAGUUCCGCAAAACGCCGGCCGGGAGGCUCGAGACCGCAUUCCCUGAACGUCUGGUGUAUAUUGCCAAUCAUCAAGUUUACACCGAAUGGCUGUAUCUCUGGUGGAUUGCCUACACCAGUAGAAUGCAUGGGCACAUCUUCAUCAUCCUGAAAGAGUCGCUGAAGUACGUGCCUGUCUUAGGUCCUGGCAUGAUGUUUUACGGAUUCAUUUUUAUGGCGCGCAAGUGGAUUUCGGACAAACCUCGCCUGAAGCAUCGACUCGAAAAGCUCAAGACCCGUCACAGCGGUCCCAUGUCUGGCUCGGAUGGACUGGACCCCAUGUGGCUGUUGAUUUUUCCCGAGGGCACCAAUCUCUCGCAAAAUAUGAAGCAGGGAAGUGCCAAGUGGGCUGAAAAGCAAGGCAUCCAGGACAUGAAGCACCUGCUUCUGCCUCGGAGCACCGGUCUUCUUUUUUGUCUUCGGGAACUGCAGGGUACCGUCGUUUGGGUCUAUGACUGCACAAUUGCUUAUGAAGGCACGCCAAAAGGAGGAUUCGCCCCAGAUAUCUUCACCAUUCGGUCCACGUAUUUGCAGGGUCGGCCACCAAAGAGUGUCAACAUGUAUUGGCGUCGGUUUGCGAUGUCGUCGAUUCCUCUUUCCGACGCUAAGGAGUUUGAGCAUUGGUUGAUCGAGCGCUGGCGAGAGAAAGACGAGAUGCUGGACCAAUGGUAUAACACUGGUCGAUUUCCUUCGGACACGGAAUCUGCCGAUCCCAAGCACGGGGUACCCGAUGAUGGCUUUAUUGAGACAGAAAUGACGCUCAACAACUGGAUGGAAAUCGGCCAGAUUUAUGUGGUGCUGGCGGCGGUUGCACUGGUGGUCAAUGUGGUGGUCAAGUUCUUUGGCAUGUUUUGGAGGCUGAACUAA